AUGGAGGUUCCGGUGAUGUCAGAGAAGUUUUCCGGCCAAGAAAACUCACCAUGUCCAAGACUUAUAAGGAUAUCAAUAACUGAUCCCUAUGCAACUGAUUCUUCAGGAGAUGAAGAUGACGAGCAUUAUGGACAGUGGCAUGUGAAGAAGUAUGUCAAUGAAAUUAACAUAAAAAAGUCAUCCAAAACUACAAUGAUGCCUGUCAAUGGGAAGAUGACGACGACCAGAAACAAGCCAUCUGCUCUAGAAAUGAAAUAUAAUGCUAUGAAGAAGAAGAGAACUCCGGCGGGUAACGUUAAGAAGUUCCGAGGAGUCCGGCAAAGACCUUGGGGUAGGUGGGCAGCGGAGAUUAUGGAUCCAGCUACAUGUGUCCGGUUAUGGUUGGGGACAUAUGAUACGGCGGAGGAGGCUGCCGAGGUGUAUGAUAAUGCGGCCAUUAAACUCCGUGGUCCUGAUGCUGUUACAAAUUUCAUCGUGCCGCCAGUUUUGGAAAACCCAUCGCUGGCGAAUGUUACAUCGAUGUCCGACCAUUAUUCCAACCUAAAGUCGCAGAAGCUUCCACUUGCGGAUGCACCACCUUUUGAGUACCAAUCAUUUGAUCCGAUACAAUUUGGUGAUGAAGUUCCAUAUUUUAACAUGCAUGAUGAUUUCGGGUCUAUAUACCCAAACCAAUUUGAUAAUUUUGGUACAAUACCAUUUGUUGAUGACUUCAAUCCUGAUACUGGACGUGGAUCUCCCUCAACUUUACAAAUAGAGAACUACUUUGAAGAUAUUUCAGAUAGUAGUUUCUAUUCAUGGUUUUCCUAA